AUUAUUGUGUGUUAAUGUCUGUCCAUAGUAGAGUGAGGGAUGGGUGAUUCCGAGUGUGUAAUAAUACGCUGCGGUUUUUCUAGUGUCUAUAUGGCCUGGCGCCUUUUGCUCUCGGCGCCUCGUUCUUGUUGUCAUGCAAAUGGCGUCCCACGUAACCCUCCGUACCGGCGAAUCUCCACUGUACACAAUGCUAUGCAUUGAUAUCUUUCAACUCUAUAUCAGAGUGUACGUACGGCUAUUGAACAUUGCUAUUUACAGGCGGGUGGAACUUGAAGUAAAUAACGUCAUGACAAUGGAGAAUCCCGCGGGAUAUGACACGCAUUAGCAGACGAUAUACUACCAAAACAUAUUUCCCCACUGUGUUCAAAUAAAAAUCUGGGGUAGCAUACAACCACAAGAUCAGCUAAACUAUAACUGGAGAUUCAUUAACAACAAUGACUGAAGGGAAAGUGUGAAUUUGAGCAAAGUAUACGGUGGAAUAGGAGAAGUGGAAGACACAAUUGUGAUCCGUGGCAUUAAGAAAUCGAUAAUUCUACAUACCAAGUUGUGACAUCGCAGACGGCAAUGGUGAAAGGGAUCAGUUGUUGAGUUGGAGUACAUAGUUUCUAUAUCGGUUCUCGCUACGAUUAAAAUCAUUCUGGAAAGUGGAAUACGCACCUGUAUAGCAAAUUCGUGAUACUAUCAUGAAAUUUGAGGUAUCAUCUACAUACCAUCACAAACCGGAGAGCAUUUAGGAGCGGUUGGGAGUAGGUAAUGAUGUACCCGUUUAACCAUUCUAUUAAAACAACAUUGCUGGGGCAAUCUCAUAUUUCUGAGAUAAACAAAAACAUAUUCUGAGUGAAAUUAUUUUAAUUCGCUUUUGAUAUAUUUUGCAAACAUUGACCUACAUCCUCGACUAUUAAGCCCUUCAUCUCAAUGUCAUUGUGGAAGACAUCGAUUAAUCAAUAGGGGACAUAGUAAAUGCAAAAUUCAAGGGCAGACAGUGGUUGUUCCCUUGUCGACAUGAGAGUCAUCACUUUGGUUUGCCAGUAAUGGCUGUGUUAAAAUGCAAUCAUUUUAUUGAGACAUUACCAUGGACACGACGACUGAAUCAACGACGGAAGUGUGGGGGAGUGGUGAUAACGAAACAAGCACUUUAAUUGAUGAAGGAAACUUUACAACCAUUAAUGUGACGUUAUGGAACGUAACGACCGUAACGGGCAUUUUGUCGAAUGUAUCAAGUACGACGGUGACGCAAUUUGUCACCCUGUCGACAACGGAUGAAGGGUUGAGUACGGCCAAGUUGGAUUCUCCGACUACGAGUGCGAUCGUGCAACCGUCAUCGGAAGCAUACACGGACAGUGAUUUGAGGAUCUUUGCUGGUGUUUUGAUGAUCAUCAUUAUCGCUUUGGCUUUGAUCGGAAACCUUGGAGUCAUCGCUGGUUUACGACAUAAAUGCUUUCACGAUCGAGCACUUUACACCUUCUUAAACAACCUUGCCAUCACAGUCCUGUGUGAUUGCCUCUUCAAUGCUCCUUUCGUCAUAGGAGCGAUGCUCUCUGACGGUAGAGUAUGGCUGGAUUCUACUUUCCUAUGUAACGUUACUUCUUUCAUCGGUAAUUUAAUACAUACCCAGAUUAUCCUAAGUCUGAUGCUACUAGUCUUGGACAGGAUGCUGUCCUUGAAAUACUCAGAUAGUUACAUCAGGAAGACUGUUGGGGUGAGAGCUAACUUGAUAUCUGGAUACGCAUGGGUCCAUUCAAUGGCUUUUACCCUGGCCAUCGUCGUCACGUCCGUAGAAAGUGACUAUUUCGAAGACAGGUAUCUUUGCUCUGUCGAGUACAAAAACAACUUAGCAUACAAUGUUAUCUAUUCAUUAUUAUGCAACAUAGCCCCGUGGGUGACAAUAAUGUGUUGCUAUAUCUAUAUUGUGGCAUUGGCGUCUGAAACAAACGCAAGGGAUAACGUUUUAGCUGAAGCAGGGUAUGGCGAACUAACUGGACCCAUUGGGCAAGCUACAGAACUUAGUCACGCGAAACCAGUAGGUGUUUUGAUAUUUUUGUGGUGUUUGCUAAUAGGGCCAUUUCAUAUCUUAGGAAUGAUCUAUGUGUACUCUGGGGUAACGAUGAUCCCUGGGGUGGUAUGGACAAUCUUCACAUGCUUAAGAUUUAUCUAUGACUUCUUGGUUCCGGUGGUCAUUCUGGUCGCCUGGCCAGAAUCCUGGAAAGAAUGCAAACACUUUAUCGCAUGUCGUCGGGAAAAUGCAAUAACAGAGAAUGGCCUUCGGAACCGUAUCCCAGGAGUUCGUUCUUCCUGGGCCGAAGGAAGUGAUGGAUCCGUCACCGAUAGGUCAACACUUGACAGAUCGACACUCAGCAGAUCGUUUAAUGUUCCUGUGCUGUUUCCAACGUCCAAUGGGCUACAGCUUCAGGUCAGUUCUAGAGGAAGUAAGGAUGGUGGAGACAUUGAGGUGGCAGACUUCGCGUCUGAGGAAAAGUUACGAGGCAGCAGGCGUCCUCCACCUUACCUCCCACCACUCUUUAGCGUCGUACAAAGUAGCGAGGAAGAUAGUUUUAAUACAGACAGUAGCAUGCCUUUAAAAGGAGAAGACAAUGGCCUGUUUGAUCUUAAUGAAUCGGCCGAUAGCAAGACUGCAAUAUCACAAUUUCAGUUGUCUUUGGGGAGGGCGGAAGAUUUUCAUGCUCUGAAGUCUACGACGCCCGGAAGUGACGCGAAGGUGUCACCACGGAACGAACGGGAAUAUGCAGAAGCUCAUAAGGAAUACUCCCCAAGACAUUACCAAAAAUAUUCACAAGGAGAUGGUAAAACCAAUCUUAGUUUUACUAGCCCUGCUCCCCAGCAGGGUGGAAGGCAAAAGAAAAACAGUACUUCCAAAAGAGACCUCCCCUCGAAUGAAAUAAAACCUCCUUCUGAGAAAUCUUCAGAUAGGAAUUUGCAAGGAAGGGCGAGGCGAGUGAGCAAAGGUGAAACUAUUUCAACAAAUACCUCAUCACCGAUCAGGGAGCAAAACCAAAUAACAUCAAAUGGAAAAGAACGAUCUAAGAAACGAACCGUUACUAGCGGAAACAACGCUAAUACUAUCCCUGGCAGAGACGAUGAUGAACUCGAUGGCAACUCAAGAAGUGUAUCAUCAGAGAAAGGCGUUGCCAAUGGGGACAAGGGAGGAGGAGGUGGAGGGGCAAACGGGACCAGUAGUAGCAAAGGAGGGCGGCGCGUCAGUAGUACAGGUAAUGGAGUUGGGCGUGGUCUUAGGAGUAGGGAGGAGUCAGAAAAGAGACAAAGACACUCCAGUGGGAAGAGUAUACAUAGUAAUUCAUCAAGUCCAAGAGAUAAUGGCUCAUCUACUAAGGCACAGGAGAGCACAGGAAGAUCGAAGUGAUGCUGUGGCAUAUAGACAAAGACGAAAUGCAGAUUUGCUAGGUGGAUACGGACCAAAAUACCGCUAGAGAUCAAUGCUAUUAUUAUCCAGUGACACUAUAUCCUUGAAUCACCAAAGAAAAAUCAUCAUUCAGCUAGCAGUGAGCCUGUUAAACGUAUUUAUGAUAAUUAGCCUAAGUUGAGUGAGUCCUUGUAUCUAUAUACCUUCUGUUUUAUCUAAUUAGCACGCUAUUCAUUAUUCUUAGAAGCCAUUUAGCUCUUUGUUUACUAAAAGUACUCUGUCAAAUGCCAAUUCCGAGCAAUGCUUAUUGUUAUUUUAUUAGAGAGUUGUCCAUAUUUACAAUGUAAAAUGUUAUCGGUCAAAUCAAUCCAAAGUGCUCCAUAAAGCACAGGUCUAAUUUCAGUUGUGAUGUCGUAUUUUUCCCAUCGAACAUGUUGGUGAAUCAAUCAAAAUAAUUAGCUUUGGAGACCGGUUACAACAAAGAUUUGUGUUUGAUUGCAACUUCAUGUACAUGUAUAACUCAAUCACAACUCAAAUACGUCCCUCUGAUUUGUUAAAAAACCAAGUUUCAUUUGAUUACGUUUUCUGCAAAGACCCCUGAACAAUUAUCAAAUGUAUAUAGGUAACCUACGAUCAAUUAUGAAGAAUUUAUCAUGUCUUGAAAUGUAUGUUCAUUUACUACUGAAAUUGAACUUUACGUUAUGAAUGAAUAACAUUUUGCAUGGCUUUGUGUGACACGCUCUAAUAUAGUGUAACAUCAUUGAAGAAAAAAAAUGCGACACGGUAUAUACUAGACUUCCACAUGCUCUUUGGAUGAUUGAUUUUCAUAAUUAAUGUCGAUUGAAUGUAUAUAGAAGUUGUAGAUUACUGUCAUCCCUGAAAAAAAUGCACGAUCUGUCUUUGUAAUCACCACUCUACUAGUUUAAUGCAUGUUCGAAGUUUCAGUGUUAACAUGAUCAGAUCAUUACGAAGCUUUAUUCGUUCAAAAUAUUCUUAAAAUCGAUAGAUAACCCAAUAAAAUGUCAAAACUAUUUUUUUUGCACGCGGCCUAUUUAUGUUUAAGGCUUUCUAUUUAGAAGGCUGUUAGUGUUAUGGUCGAAUUGAGUUUACACGGUUUUUAUGAUACGACAAAGUUCUCUUUUAAUUUUCCGAACAUUUUAUAACAUAAUUAUGUACACUUCCAAAGGCAUUAUCGCCGUUUUUUAUACAAAUAUCUUAAUGAUAUCUGUGUUAGAAUAGUAUGAGAAAUUUAUAGUUUACCACUGUCUUUCAUAUUUGAUUUUUUUUACUGUAUAAAUUAAUGUACUCCCGAAACCGCUCAAAUGUCUUUCAUAUUUAUAGUCUUUCAACUGUUUUCCUGAACUGCUUGAUUUCUAUCAUAAUUUCAAACUUACACUGAAAUAUGCAUUUUAUUACAUCGUGUACAGAUAAUAUGUUACCAUCAUGUGUAUUCAAUUUUUAUCAUGAAGCCUUGAAACUUUCUUAUUGACCAGGUGCAAUUGUGCAUAAAAUCGAAGAUAAAGGGUAGAUGAAAACUCUGUAAGCUAAAAAGUAUUGUCAAUCGCAGAUCGUAUCUUCGCCAGUGAAAAAUCUGAAAAAUCCAAUCAAAACUUCUGUUAGAAAGUAAUAAAUAAAGAAGGAAAGAGAGAAAGAAAAAAAGAAAGAAAGAAGGAAGGAAGGAAGGAAAGAAAGAAAGAAAGAAAGUAGAGAAAUAAAAUCAUUUAAGCGCUGGUCAUGCUGGAAUAGUUUUAAAUUCGAUUGCAAGUUUUAGGCAACGUGCCACAGGAUUUUUAAAAUAAGAUAUGGUUAAAAUAUAAAUGAUUUCAGACUUGAGAAGAUAGAAUUUGACUUAUAUUUCUAGGAAGGCUCGGCAUGAUAUAUUAGGCCUAUUUUCAUCAAUAUAAACAUUGUAAUAUGUGCAUUCUUUUAUUCAGCAGAAAUGAG